CGAAUGUUUACGGUAGUCCAGGGGAAAUGGCAGCCGAAUAAGGUUUCGGCUUAAGUACAAGCAUGUAGCUAGUAGGUUAAUCAGUAAAAAAAACUGUCAAGAUGUCUCUGAAGACUCGCAUCCAUGGGUUCACAGCCUGGGUGAAUCUAAGGCUGAAACCAUAUGAUAUCCUAAUGAACAAUGUUAUCAUGGACUUGCUGACUGGAACAAAUCUCAAACUGCUGGUUGAAAGCAUGACUGGAAGAGAGAUGAAAAAUGUCAAAAGUUUUGAUGGGUUGACUCAGCAACAGAAAAUAACACGAGCUGAAUGGGUUGUCAAGGAAUUAAAAGCAUGUAAACUAGUUCCUGAAGAUGUCUAUGUAGAUGCCAGACUUUUUGCCAUGAGAGGUGCUGAUCAGGUUUUUGACUUACUCUGGCGCCUGGUCAGUCAUGACAUUUGGUUUGUUUGGGAGAGAGCAGAGUACCUGCAGCAUGCAGAAGACCAGGUGUUAGUAGCUGUCCCUUUUAAGUGGACACCUGAGCCCCCUCCAAAGAAAAGGAAGAAGACUAAAGUAAAGCAGUCAUUGCUGUCAGGAUUUGGUGCAGCAUCCUUGGUUCAGGAAGACCUCAAUGAUGAUGCUCCUGAUCCAAAUGAAUACUAUGACCCCUUUCCUGGCUCAGAUAUCAUGAAACAACUAAAACCUAAGAAGAUUGAUCCCAAGAACUACCCAGCACCUGAUGACUGCAUACUUGAAAUGGUCAAUGCACAUCUCAAUAUGAGUAAGGAUGGGAAGAAAUUGAAGUGCAUAAGUGUGGAUGACCUCAUGGACAGCCGUGUUCUUUGUGCGCUGGUCAACUCUUUUGUACAGGAUACGUUUACACCAGAAGUUUUGCUCAAUGACAGGUGGACUAUGAACUUGUGCUUAAGGACAGCAGAAAAGAUGUUUUAUACUGAAACUCCCUUCGAUUCUGAAGACUUGGCUGAGGGAGACCCUAUGGCUGUGUGUGCCUAUUUUGCAUUCUUCUUUAUGGUUGGCUACAAAUUUAGGCAGGCCAAGGCAGUUGUCAACAGAAUAGAGUGGCUGCAUCGACUUAUUCGUGAAAACAAUCAUGAAAUGGAUGAACUGGCCACUGUGGCUACCAACAUACAGGAACUGAGGAGGAAGAAAGAUCUGAAACAGAAAUUACAGAUGUACAAUGAUGAAAUUGGAAGGAUUCAAGACAUGUUUGAUCUAGAGUACUGCAGAAAAUGGCUUGAUCAUGCCAUAAAGGUUCAGAAAGAGACUCACAAGCUGAUCUGGACCAAAAUGAAGGAAAAAUUUGAAACUUUGCCAGUUCCAAGAAACAUUUCUAUCAAUGACCUUUGCUUGUCAUUGUCUAUCAAUUUGAGCCUGACUUUUGGCAGUGCAUUUUAUCUCAGUAACAACAAAGAACAAGUAAAUGAGCUGAGAAAGAUGAUUUUAAGGAACAAGGAGACAGGAGAAUACAUUGAAGAUUUCACUGCCAAGAAUAAAGAGCCAAUUCGAAAGAUACUCAGACUUCAUGCAUAUGAAACAGUAGAAGUGAAUCCAGAAAAAUAUCCACAAUAUGAUAUUUUCUUUGAAAGUCCAUCAAGGAACAAAAGACUGGAGGCAGGCACUGAGUUUUUGUAUCAGAUUUUCCCAGGGACAUUUGAACAGUGGCACAAACAAAUGUUUAGGGCCAUCAAGGAAAAUGAAGUGGAUUCUGUGAAAAAGAUGGUGUUAUUCUUCAGGAAUACUCCUUCAUUUAUCAAUGCAAGAGAGAAAACUACAGGCAACACUGCACUUCAUAUAGCUGCCAGAUUUGGACAAUAUGAAAUAGUCCAGUUUUUGUUGGAAAGCAAUGCUAAUAUAGAUGCCAGAAAUGCUUACAAGUACACACCAUUGUUCUCUGCUUUGGAGGGUGUACACAGGAGGGUGGGGCAUUUACUUGUUGAAUGUGGCUGUGAUGUUAACAAGAGGAGCAUUAAAGGUCUGACUGCCUUUGAAACUGUGAAAAAUGACGAGUUGAAAGAUUAUCUCAUAGAGGCAUAUGAACACUACUCUGAUGUAGUUCCUAAGAUAAUGGCAGGUGACCUGGAAGUUCUGGAGGAAGUUGUCAAAGAUCACAUCACUGGAGUCAGGCAACUGAACAGUCUACGCAGCAGGUGUGUCAAUGGUAGCACCCUGAUUCACACAGCAGCUUACUUUGGUGCAGUAUCUAUAGUGAAGACCUUGCUCACCUUGAGAAUGGAUGUGGACCUUAGAGACUACAAAGGAGCCACACCACUUCACAGGUCACAGAAUGUAGAGACAAUGGAGGUUCUGCUAGAGGCAGGAGCUUCAGUGAAUGCAGAGGAUCUGGAAGGUAACACACCUCUUCAUGUGAAAUGCUAUGGAGAGACUGGCAAGGAGACACAGCUUGGAUGUAUAGAGCUUCUUUGUCAGAGUGGGAGUAAACUGGUGUCUAGAAACAAUAGGGGUUUGAUGCCAAUCCACUGCUGUGCCAUGCAGGGAAGAAUUGAUGCCAUUCAGUUGCUGCUGGCAGCAGACAAGAAAGAAGAAAUCAAGAAAGAUCUCUCCAAAGAGGACCCAAAACUUCCACCCAGCUUGCCACACCUAGCAGUGGCCAAUGACUGCAUGGAGUGUGCUGAAUGGUUGAUUGAAAAUGGAUUUGAAUUUAAAGAAGGAGAGCCAGACUUGCUAGUACAAAGAAUUCUGGCUGAACAAGUGAAAGUUAUUCAACAAGGAGAAGCUAUUAAGUUUUUAUUAGAUCAUGGAGCCUCAGCCAAUCCAGUCUAUCCUGGGGGAAACACUGCCCUGCACUAUGCUGCCAGUAUGAGUCACUCCACAGAGAUCCUGGAGUUGCUAAUGGGUUAUGGUGCCGAGGUGGAUGCCCCUAACGAGGACCAAGCCACGCCUUUGUUCUUCUCCACUCAGUGCAACAACCAGAGUGCAGCCAGUGUGCUCAUUGAAAAUGGAGCUAACUACCGGUGGAAAAAUGCUCAAGGACUGACAGCUUUUGAUUGCAUCCUGGACUUUGAUGAUUGGGUUGAGUGUGGCUACUUCAAUGAUGAGAUAAGAGCUAGACUCAAAGCUUACAGUUUAAAACACACCAGAGAUCUCAUCCGUGCAAUCAGCAAAAAGGUAAAGCAUUCCGGUCCUAUACGCCAACCACCACGCACGCCUGAUCUCACGCGGCAGGCUUCCAACCUGAGUGGGCAAACACUGCUCCCUAUCAGCGGAGGUUCCAAUGCCCUUUGGUCAGCCAAGACCAGUGCAUCUGCCACCACCCCGGCUGCCUCCCCGCGCCAGAUUACCUCCCAGCUCUCUCUGAGAAGCCAGUCCUCACCAGGUCUGCUGCCUCCUCUGAAGUCUGCAGGUUCAGCUGCUGUGAAGUCUGCAGGGUCCUGAUGAUAUUCUGCUUGUGUUUUAGAUAGAAGACUAUAAGCAGCAAACAGUCCUACAAAAUGCUGAUGCGAUCAAAGCAGAAAAGAAGUUGAUUGCCUCAUUUCUGUCUUGAAAAAAAUUUGGACCUCUGUGAAAUUGUUGCUCAGAGAUCAGUACGAAUUGAAAAGAUCAAUGUCAUUAUGAAUGGAUAUUACAGUACAGGGGCUGUACAUGUAUUUUAUACCAAGACUAUCAAGAUUAACUAUUUAUAAGUAUUUAUAUUUUUCAGUAGUUUUGCAGCUUGAAGAUGGCAUUGCAUGCACAAUUUUAUUUACAACAUAUUGAAUAUUUUGACCAUUUACUAAUUCUGUGCCUUUUACAGUGAAUGCCGAUUGUGAUAUGCAACUUUUAUGUCAAAUUCAUUGUACUGAUGUAUUUUAGAAUCAUUUAUUGUAAACAUUACCUAGUAAUGGCUCUGUGAUAUUGCAGGUUUUGUAUACUAUACCUUUCUUAUGUCUGUUGUAUAUCUGCAUUUUGCUUAUUUGUAAAUAAAAUUUUAAUUUGGA